AUGCAGCAGCAGAGACCGGACAGUCCUGAACUGAUCCAUGUGUCCAUUAAAAGUGACCAGUCUAUGGUUGAUCCUCUUAGCUUUGACAACAAAGGAGUACAGCAGAAAGACUCAGAGGUUCUUGGCGAUCAGUCCACCCAGCGACAUCAAGCAGACCUGGACUCCAUAAUAAUGCUGCUUGAGGAGAGCAUCAUCACUUUUGUUAGGAACGAGUUGAAGAGAGUUAAGAGGAUUCUGUCAUCAAAUGACCCAGGAUGCUUACAGAAUAUGGAAGAGGAGAAGCUGAUCAGCAAUGAAGAAGAGCAGGUGGGGGUCAGCAGAGAGGCAUUUCUGAAGAUCACGCUGCAAUUCCUGAAGAGAAUGAAACAGGAGGAACUAGCUUACUGCCUGCAGAGCAGAACUGCAGAUUGCAGAAAUAAACUGAAGUCUAAUCUGAAGGAGAAGUUUCAGUGUGUGUUUGAGGGGGUUGCUAAAGCAGGAAACCCAACUCUCCUGAAUCAGAUCUACACAGAGAUCUACAUCACAGAAGGAGAGUCUGGAGAGGUCAAUAAUGAACAUGAGGUCAGACAGAUUGAAACAGCAUCCAGGAAACAGAACCAACCUGAAACCAUGAUCACACUUGUAGACAUCUUUAAACCCUCACCUGGACGAGAAGAACCAAUCAGAACAGUGAUGACUAAAGGAGUUGCUGGGAUUGGGAAGACAGUCUUAACACAGAAGUUCACUCUGGACUGGGCUGAAAACAAAGCCAAUAAGGACAUACACUUCACAUUUCCAUUCACUUUCAGAGAACUGAAUGUGCUGAAAGAACAAAAGUACAGUUUGGUGGAACUCAUUCAUCACUUUUUUACUGAAACCAAGGAAGAUGGAAUCUGCAGGUUUGAAGAUUUUAAGGUCGUGUUCAUCUUUGAUGGUCUGGAUGAGUGUCGACUUCCUCUGGACUUCCGCAACAAUGAGAUCCUGACUGAUGUUGCAAAAUGCACCUCAGUGGAUGUGCUGCUGACAAACCUAAUGAGGGGGAAACUGCUUCCCUCUGCUCAGCUUUGGAUAACCACACGACCAGCUGCAUCCAGUCAGAUCCCUCCUGAGUGUGUUGACAGGGUAACAGAGAUCAGAGGGUUUAAUGACCCACAGAAGGAGGAGUACAUCAGGAAGAGAUUCAAAGACGAGGAGCAGGCCAGCACAAUCACCUCCCACAUCAAGAAAUCCCGAAGCCUCUACAUAAUGUGCCACAUCCCGGUCUUCUGCUGGAUCACUGCUACAGUUCUGGAGGAUGUUCUGAAGACAAGAGAGCCAGGAGAGCUGCCCAAGACCCUCACUGAGAUGUACAUUCACUUCCUGGUGGUUCAGUCCAAAGUGAAGAACAUCAAGUAUGACGGAGGAGCUGAGACUGAUCCACACUGGAAUAAAAAUAACAUAGAUAUGAUUUUGUCUCUGGGAAAAUUGGCUUUUGAGCAGCUGCAGAAAGGCAACUUGAUCUUCUAUGAAUCAGACCUUGAAGAGAGUGAGAUUGAUAUUAAAGCUGCCUCGGUGUGCUCAGGAGUCUUCACACAGAUCUUUAAAGAGGAGAGAGGACUGUACCAGGAAAAGGUGUUCUGCUUCAUUCAUCUCAGCAUUCAAGAGUUUCUGGCUGCUCUUCAUGUCCAUCUGACAUUCAUCACCUCUGGUGUUAAUCUUCUGUCAGAAGAAGAACAGACACAAUCCUGGUUGUCUCAGGUUUCAGUUGACAAAUCGACAAGUUUCUACCAGAGUGCAGUCGAUAAGGCCUUGGAAAGUCCAAAUGGACACCUGGAUUUGUUCCUCCGCUUCCUUCUCGGUCUUUCAGUAGAGACAAAUCAGAAACAUCUCAAAUUUCUGCUUACAAAGACAGGACAUGGCUCACAGAUCAAAAAGAAAACAGUUCAAUACAUAAAGAUGAAGAUCAGUGAUAAUUUGUCUCUGGAGAAAAGCAUCAAUCUGUUCCACUGUCUGAAUGAACUCAAUGACAGUUCUCUAGCAGAGGUUAUCCAAGAGUGCCUGAGAUCAAGACCUCUCAAUACUGAUGAACUAAGUCAUGCUCAUUGUUCAGCCCUCGUGUUCAUGUUACUGUCACCAGAAAAAGACCUGGAUGUGUUUGACCUGCAGAAAUACUCUGUUUCAGAGCAGACUUUUCUGAGGCUGCUGCCAGUGGUCAAAGCCUCCAACAAAGCUUUACUGAGUAGCUGUGACCUGACAGAAAGAAGCUGUGAAGCCCUGUCUUCAGUUAUCAGCUCCCAGUCAUCUAACUUGAGAGAGCUGGACCUAAGUAACAACAACCUGUACAACUUGGGGGUGAAGUUGAUGUCUGCUGGACUAAAUACUCCAAAUUGCAAACUAGCUGUACUCAGGUUCAGUGGUUGCGCACUGUCUCAUAAAAGCUGUGAGGACCUGUCUACGGUUUUCAUCUCUCAGCCAUCUACUCUGAGAGAGCUGGACCUGAGUAACAACAACCUGCAGGAUUCAGGGAUGAAGACACUCUCAGCAGGACUAAGGAGUCCAAACUGUACAUUGGAAACUCUCAGAUUGAGGGACUGCAAACUGUCUGCAAAAAGCUGUGCAGCUCUGUCUUCAGUUCUUAGCUCCCAGUCCUCUAACCUGAGAGAACUGGACCUGGAUGACAACAACCUGCUGGAUUCAGGAGUGGAGCUGCUGUCUGCUGGACUGGAGAGUCUAACCUGUAAACUGGAAAUUUUAAGAUUGUCAGGCUGUUUAGUCAAAGAGGAAGGAUGUUUAUCUCUGGCUUCGGCUCUGAGCUACAACCCCUCCCAUCUGAGAAUGUUGGACCUGAGCUACAAUCAACCAUCGGAGUCAGGAGUGGAGCAGCUGUGUGCUGGACUGGAUGAUCCAUGCUGGAAAUUAGACAGCCUCAAGGUGGACUACGGUGGACUGCAGAGACUUAAACCUGAUAUCAAAAAGUAUGUCUGUGAACUGGAAGUGGACACAAACACACUGAGCAGAAACCUCACACUGUCUGCUGACAAAAGGACGGUGACAUAUAUGGAGGAGGAUCUACCUUAUCCUGAUCAUCUGAACAGAUUUAAAUCUCUUCAGGCGUUGUGUACAAACACUUUAACAGGUCGCUGUUACUGGGAGGUUGAGUGUACAGGAAAGGUUAAUGUAUCAGUGGCUUACAGAAGAAAGAACAACAGAGGAGUAAUUGACUUAGAGUUUGGGGAUUGUGAUCAGUCCUGGAGUCUGAGAAGAUGUAGACAUGGUGGUUAUAAAGUCUGUCACAAUGGUGUUGGAACAUACAUCUCACACUCCUGUUCCUCAGAAAGAGUAGCAGUGUACUUGGACCAUCCUGGUGGCACUUUGUCCUUUUACAUAGUCGAUGAUGGCACGCUGGUGCACCUCCGCACAUUCAAAACCACAUUCACUGAACCUCUUUAUGCUGGGUUUGCUUUCCAGAACAGAUAUUAUAGUUCAUCAGUGUCUCUGUGCUCUCUGUAG